CUGGCAUAGCGCAAUGCAGGCGUCCACCCACCAAACUAGACGCAUCACACAGACAUGCUGGUGGCGGUGAUGGCUACUCUACGCGCGCGCGCGCGUGUGUGUGUCUAUCUGUGGAUUGGCUGCCGUCUGGCUGCUGCGAAAAGGGGUGCCGUGGGGGCGGGGGAGAGGGGGGUGUGGGACCUGCCGAUGUCAUGCUGGUGGUGAGAGGCGCCGCUGGCCCCCUCCCCGUUGGCUGCCGCCUUUUCGCGCACCUUUGUGAGCAGUCUCUGCAUGGAACGGGGACAACACAGAGACACACAGGUGGUCUGGUCCUGUCUGUCUGAUUGUGUGUGGUUGCCCUGACCUUGUGGUGGUGUUUGUGCCUGCCCAUGACUCUGCUGUGCGCCAUCCUGUACUCGUCAUACCCACCCGCAACUGCACAAACACCCACACACACACAGAGACAACAGCAUAAGUCGAUGUGUCUCUGCCCCCUCGCGGCGCUCACCUUGGACGACCACAGCGGCGUCUUCAUCAAAGCUGUCGUCCUCAUCCUCAUGCUCCUCAUCCCACCAGGCCUGCCGCACCCACCAAUGCGCCGUCGUCCCGUGAUCUAUCGGCCACCGCUGGUCGGCUGGUCUUGUGUCUGUGUGCUUGAUAUGUCCGUGUGGAUUGUGCUGUGUGUUGAGGGGCAACAGCGACUGGCUGGGCAGCACGGCAAAUGGGUAGUAGUCAUUGUCCACCUGCACACAACGCGCAUCCAGGAACCAUUGCAAGGGGGAGAGAUGGACACAGAGAGAGGUGUUUGCUGUGUCUUUGUCUUUGCCUCCGUCGUCUCACUGCAGUGGCUCACUUACGUCGUCAGAAAUGACCCAGCCCUUCAGGUCAGGCGAGUAGAACAGAAACAGCGGACUGUGAGCAUCCUGCGCACGCAUCCACCCACCCACUCACUCACAUGAAUGCACACAAACUCUUGUGUCUGAAGAAGGACAAAUUAGAGUCACACGACACGCACUCGGUGCUGAAGAGCACUCGUUGCAUGCAUUUAUGUGUCUGCCUGACCGUGGCUCACGAAGAUGGAGAAGCAGUCAGUCAGAGCUCAGAUGGGAUAAGAACUCAUCAAAUUCUCAUGCUGACUCAAGAUCUGCUCGACCGUCGUCGCGGUCGGCAACAUGGAAAGCCGAGAGGCGAAAAGG